AUGGCUCCGACGGUCCCAAGCAACCUGACAGGCCAUCGUGGCAAUUCAGCGCGGUCAAUUAUGAUCGCUCUGGCCAUCAGUCUCGCUGGAUUUGUCAACGGUAUCGACACGGGAAUCAUUUCAUCGACGAUUGCGCAGAAGACUUUCAAGUUAUACAUGUACGGCCCCGCCAUGGACAACGUGGCUCUCAAGGGCGGUAUAGUAUCUGGCUACUACGCUGGCUAUGCUCUUGGCAGUACCGGCGCGGCUUGGAGCAUGGAUCGACUCUCUCGUCGAUGGACCCUUUUCAUUGGCUCCAUCUUCAGUGUUGUCGGCGCUGUGCUCCAAACUGCUGCGAUGAACCCGGCCAUGAUGAUUGUUGGUCGCGCUAUUUCCGGUUUCUCGAUUGGCAUGGUUUAUCCUACUGCCCCUGUAUAUCUGGCUGAGCUGUCUCCUCCCGAGAACCGUGGAUUCCUUGUAGGUCUCAAGGGGCUCCUGAAUACGCUUGGGUUCUGCUUUGCCAACUGGAUUGGUUAUGCGGGAUCUUAUGCCAAGGGAGAUGUCCAAUGGCGGGUCCCUCUGGGUUGCCAGAUCCCACCUGCUCUGCUCCUCGGAGUUCUGACCCUCUUCUUGCCCUACUCCCCUCGUUGGCUGGCUAUGAAGGAGCGACACGACGAGGCCAAGAAGGUCAUGUACUACCUGCAGGCCCAUCGCGGCGAGGAAGCGAUCGAGAGAGAGUUCUCAGAGAUGUGUCAACAAAUUCAACUCGAGGCCCAACGCAAGACGAUGGCCAACUUCACCACCCUCUUCACACGAAAGUAUAUCCGCCGCACGCUUCUGGUUUGCUUGACAGUUCAAAUGAUGAAGCUCUCUGGUUCCAACAUCAUCCAGACCUACCAGUCGAUCAUGUACGAACAACUCGGCUACAAGGGCCAGACUGUCCUUCUUCUCGGUGGCUUCUACGGAUUCAUGGCUGUCAUUGGUCAAAUUCUCAAUGUAUUCCUCGUCGCUGAUCGUUGGACUCGCCGCGGAACCGUCAUUCCCGGUUCAAUAGUUCUAGCCACCUUCCUCGCGGUUCUGACUGGACUUUCUGCGAGCACAACCGACAGCACACCGGGCAUCUCCAGGGCCGGAAUCGCAUUUGUCUUUCUGUUCGCCUUUGGAUACUCAUUUUACUUCAACAGUGUCAAUUGGGUGCUGGUUGCUGAGAUCUUCCCGCUCGACCUCCGCGGCGUGGGUGUCGGUUUCUCUAUUUUCACUCAGUCCAUCACGGCAAUCUGGCUCAACUAUGCAGCCUCCUACGCCUUUGAUGCCAUCGCUUGGAAGUUUUACUUCGUCUUCAUCGCGUGCAAUCUGUUUGCCGGUACCAUGUACUACUUCUUCCUCCCCGAGACCCGUUUCCUGUCUCUUGAGGAGAUUGCCGCCAAGUUCGGAGAUGAGGUUGCCCCAGUGAUUGAGAAGCACUUGGAAAUGGAUGACGCCAAAGCUGAGUCCAGAGAGAUCGCGGAAGCCGAGCUUGACAAGAGUGGAACUUCCUCCAACCACGUGGAGGUUUCAAAGCCAUAG